AUGUCCAACGAAGCUAGACCGGCGGGCGCCACCUCCGGGGGCGGCGCGGGAGACCUAAACAUCGAGCAGGGAGGACCGAACCAGCGGUUCAGGCAGCUCAACGAUGCUGGUCUCGACGACAAGGUGCUCAUCUCGGAAGCGCAGGAAGGCACCAGGCACGAGCACAGUCUCGGCCUGGUCCAGGGCCUCAAGGCCUACAAGCGCGCCGCCUUUUGGAGCGUCUUGAUCUCUUGCACCAUCAUCAUGGAAGGAUAUGACGUGGCGCUGCUUGGAUCUUUCUUUGGAUACCCCCAGUUUCGGCUAAAAUAUGGGGAAUACCUCAAUGAGGAGAAGGGGUAUCAGAUCUCCAGUGGAUGGCAGCAGGCCUUCAACAUCUCCAGUGCCCUGGCAAAUAUCCUCGGGGCCUUGUUGAACGGCUACUUCACCGCCAAGUACGGACAUCGCAAGGUCAUCAUGCUCUCGCUCGCGGCCCUCGCCGGCUUCAUCUUCAUCGUCUUCUUCGCGCCCAACAUCCAGACCCAGCUGGCGGGCCAGAUCCUCUGCAACAUCCCCUGGGGCGUCUUCGCCACGACGGGGCCGGCCUACGCGAGCGAGGUGACGCCGCUGGCCAUCCGCGGCCACCUGACGGCCUACGUCAACCUCUGCUGGUGCAUCGGGCAGUUCAUCGGCGCCGGCGUGCUCGCGGGGCUCGUCAGCCGCGAGGACGAGUGGAGCUACAAGAUCCCCUUCGCCAUCCAGUGGGUGUGGCCCGUCCCGCUCUUCGUGGCCGCCUGGCUCGCGCCCGAGUCGCCCUGGCACCUCGUGCGCGUCAACCGGCUGGGCGAUGCCAGGCGCUCGCUCGAGCGCCUGUCGGACCCGGCCGAGCACCCCAACCUCGACGAGACGCUGGCCAUGAUGGUGCAGACCAACAAGAUGGAGAUGGAGGAGCGGGAGGGCGUCACGUACUGGGACGCCUUCCGCGGCACCAACCUCCGACGCACCGAGAUCGCCUGCGUGGGCUUCCUCUCGCAGAUCACAACCGGCGGCGCGCUCUGCUACCAGGGCACCUUCUUCUUCCAGCAGACGGGCAUCCCGGACCGGACGGCCUACUACAUCGGCCUCGCCGGCACCGCCAUCGCCUUUCUCGGGACCUGCCUCUCCUGGGCGUUCAUUUACAAGCUCGGCCGGCGGAGGAUCUGGCUCAUGGGCCUUUCCGGCCUGGUUGCCAUCCUCUGGACCAUCGGGUUCCUGGCGCUGCCGGAGCAGAACCUCCCGCUCGCCUGGGCCCAAAGUCUACUCUGCGUUGUCUGGCUUGGCGUAUACAGCUUGACAGUUGGGCCAAUCAUCUACACGCUGGUCGCCGAAAUUGGGUCGACUCGCCUGCGAACACAGACCAUCGUGCUGGCUCGAAGCACCUACUACGCUGGAAAUAUUAUUGGCAACGGGACGCUGAAUCCGAAAAUGAUAUCCCCCGGCGACUGGAAUCUCAAGGGAAAGACGGCCUUCUUCUGGGCAAGCGUCGCCACCCUGACCCUCGUCUGGGGUUAUUUCCGCGUGUUCGAAACCAAGGGCCGAACAUUUGGCGAGCUGGACACAAUGUUCCAGCGUGGGGUCACUGCCCGGCAGUCGGCAAAGUACAAGCUUGAAGUGGAUGAUAUGGCCAUGACCAAGUCCAAGACCAACGAUUCCGCUCCGGCAGUUGCCGAAUCAAAGCAGCAGUGA